CGCCCAUUUCAACCUUCAACUGGAAGCUGAAUUCAAUCAGCUUACACCAUACGCUUCACAUGGAAUUCGAAGGUAAGUCGCUGAGUAUAAGUAUAUUAGCUUCCUUGAACGAGGGUAGUUACUACUUAAUCAGUGAGCGAUGAACCCAAUUGAAGAAGAAGAAGAAAUGCCGAACCUCCUGUCCGAACCUAUUCUGGAAAUCCCUAGAUAUAGCUCUUCAAAUCUAUGAACAAAAACCCAGAUCCAUUAUCAGCAGAGAUCUUGGUGAUGGGCUUACCCUCAAAAAUCCAAGAAUUUCCUACACGAGUGGUUAUUGGGAAUUCUCAGGAUAGAAUAAGCCAUUUGCCAGAUGGAAUCCUCUGCCACAUUCUAUCCUUUCUUCCCACAAAAUAUGCAGUGGGAACCAGUGUUCUAUCAACCCGAUGGAAGUACCUUUGGACCUUUAUUCCAAAUCUUGAGUUUGAUGACACAUUGUUGUUUACUGCUGAAGAGUCUAAAAGACACCCAGUAGCAACGUGCUUCAUGAAUUUUGUGGACAAGGUGUUAGAUCUCCAUGACGUAUCUUAUAUUACGAAUUUCAGCCUUAAAUGCAGUGAAGACUAUGAUUUGUCACGUGUUGAUGCAUGGAUCUCUACUGUAAUGAAGAAAAAUGUUCAAGAGCUUGAUCUCUAUUUCUUUAUGAAUUAUCCCAUUGCCUUACCUCGAUGCCUAUUUACUAGUGAGUCACUCAAGGUCCUUAAGCUAACCUAUGAGAUCACUUUUGAUAUUCCUACGGAUGCCCAUUUUCCAAAUCUCAGGGUAGUCCAUCUCACUUCAGUUCUAUUUCAAGAUGGGAACUCUACGCAACGGCUUAUCUCUGGUUGUCCUGUCCUUGAAGUUUUAGUUAUUGAUAAAUCUGGAAUUGAUGGUAUAGAGGUUUUCAAUGUAUGUUCUCCUACAUUAAAGAGGUUCACACUAUCUUGUUGCCUAGAUAACUUGGAAGAUGAUUGCGAAUGCACUUUUCUGGUUGAAGCCUCAGCCCUUGAAUACUUUGAGCUCACAGAUAUUGUACAGAACCACUAUACUUUGACAAACUUAUGUAGCCUAAUCAAUGCGAAAAUUGAUGUGCUGUUCUGCAGAGAGAGAGCUUUUGAGAUACUUCAAGGAAUCUUCAUGGUGAAAUACUUAUCAUUAUCUUAUUUUAUGGUGGAGGCUCUCUAUGAAUCUAAUAAGGAUUUUCCCAUUUUUCGGAACUUGAUCUAUAUGGAUUUGGCGAAUGAGGAUUAUGUCGGGCAAUUGUCGCAACUAUCUCAGCCACCUGAAACUGCAUGUAACCAAGAUGCUAUAAACAAGUUACUUGAAAGUUCACCUGCCUUAGAAGUUCUCAUUCUAAAUGCUGAACACGUGCGUCUUUCAAAUUGGAGUCCUCCUCAAAGUGUGCCUGGUUGUCUUGUGUUACAUCUCGAGGCACUCGAAAUCAGAGGAUUCAAAGAGCAGGAAGAGGUGAUGCUUCUUGCUAAUUACUUUCUGGAAAAUGCAAAGGUCUUGAAGAAGAUGACCAUUGUUUCUGUUGGUUUAGAUGUGGAACAAGAGCUGAAUAUUUCCAAGAAAGUCUUAUCUUUACCAAGGGGCUCUGAUAAUUGUCAAAUUAGCAUCUCUAAUAAGGCUUUAUCUUAAGACCUUAUUGUGGAUAUAACUAACAUGGAGCUGUUGAUUCUCGUUAGUUUGUGUUGUUGUAUGCAAUUGGUUGUUGAACUGUAUGCACUAGAUUAUUCUUAGAAACAUAAUCCUUCUAAAUU